UGGAAGCUCAAUAUUUGUACAUUCUAAUGGUGAGGAGAUUAGGCUAAAAAGUCUUGUGGUUUUCUCCCUUUCGGGUUUCCAUGUAAAGAUCAAGUGUUCAUACCAAAUUAUAUCUAUAUUUACUAUAUCGUGUUGGAUUCAACUCAACACUGGCGUCGUUUGUGGGAAUCUUGAUCAAAAAGAUUCAUGUGUUCUUGAUUAUUACAAAAAAAAUUGAUACGAAGUGGACUGAUUUCAACAACAAAAAAGGAUUGUGGAAGGACCAUCAGUUGCAACCAAGGGAAACUAGAAGUGUGCUAGUAUCAACUGAUAGCUGGGGUAGCGAAUCUCGAACAGGGCAGCCGCCCACUUGAGUACAAAUCGCAAGCUUUCCGGUGACCAAAAUACAGGUACGAGGACAGAUUGGAAGAGCUAACUAUCUCCAUUUUCCUUAUAACCAAGCUAGCGAAGAGGAGAAACACAAUACGAUGGAUCCGACAAAGUUGGUGCGAAGAGUACCAUCCAGGUGCACCGGUCCCCGCCAGGUUUGCCUCCCUUUAUUGACUGCUCGUUCAGCCUCUCCUAGCUAGGCUGUUCACAGGUCCUGUCUCGAGCGGGACAGACUGUUAGAUUAUUGGACUUAUACUACAUAUAAUAUUCACAACAUAUUAUUUAUUGGGUUAAUUGUAUGUUAUAUGCUAUCUUAUAUUUAGCCCAAAAAUUAGUGGUCCUAUGGAUAUUAAUUUAAGUGGGCUAAUAAGUUAUCUAAUAAGGUAUAGGGCCCAAAUGUGUAGAGACCCAUGGGCUUAACCUAAUUAAUGAUGGGCUGAUUAGGGUUAAGCAUUCUCUAUAAAUAGAGGGGUUAUGGUCCCUAGUUGAACACGCCAUUCCGUCUUUCUGCAUCCCAUCGCUAGAGAGAUAAUUCCCGAGGGUGUGUAUCAACUAGAAGAUCCAAACCCUAGCCUCCGUCUCCCGGAUCUCCAAAGAUCAUCUCCAAUGGAGUCAGUCAACAAUUCUGCUGCUACAAUAUCUGCUAAUAUUAAUAGCAUCCCUGUGCUUAACGGCACGAAUUUUAAGGAAUGGAAAGAGAACGUUAUGAUUGUUCUCGGUUGCAUGGAUCUAGACCUUGCACUCCGGACUGAGAAACCCGCCGCUCUUAAGGACUCAUCUACCCUUGAUGAAAAGAGGGAGAUGGAGAGGUGGGAACGCUCAAACCGCAUGAGUCUGAUGAUCAUGAAACGUGCAAUUCCAGAAUCAUUCAGGGGCACUAUGUCUGAUGAGGAUGAUGCCAAAUCGUUCCUUGCCGAACUUGAAAAGCGUUUUGCUAAAAACGAAAAGGCGGAAACUAGUACUCUUUUGAGCACUCUUGUUUCCAUGAAGUACAAAGGCAAAGGGAACAUAAGGGAGUACAUUUUGGAAAUGUCUCAUAUUGCUUCAAAACUAAGUGCACUUAAGCUCAUUUUGCCUGAGGAAUUGCUUGUGUAUUUAGUUUUGAUCUCUCUUCCUUCUCAAUUUAAUCAAUUUAAAGUCAGUUACAACUGCAUUAAGGAGAAAUGGUCUCUCAAUGAGCUCAUUUCUCAUUGUGUUCAAGAGGAAGAGAGAAUAAAGCAAGAUAAGACUGAAAGUGCUCAUUUGACAUCUACCUCUAAGGGCAGCAAGAAAAGGAAAUUUAAGGAAGCUGUAAAUUCAGGGCCUCAAAGAAAGCAUCAUAAGGAAACUAAGGAAGAAACUAAGGAAUCUGGAUGCUUCUUUUGCAAAGGGACUAAUCACAAGAAAAAGGACUGCACUAAGUACCACGCCUGGCGUGCGAAAAGGGGGUUGCCUGAGCUGCCGAAAACCAAUUGAUGGUGAAAGAUACAUCUAUGUCGGUGAUGGCAAGCGGGUUGAAGUUGAGGCUAUCGGUGUUUUUAGAUUAUUAUUAAAGACUGAUUUUUAUUUGGAUUUGAAAGAGACAUUUAUUGUACCGUCAUUUAGACGGAAUUUAAUUUCUAUUUCUGCAUUGGACAAAUUUGGUUAUUCUUGUUCAUUUGGAAAUAGUCAGUUCAGUCUAUUUCAAGAUUCAAAGCUUAUUGGUACCGGUCUUUUAUCAGUUUAUGAUAAUCUAUAUUCAC